CGGUGAGCGUGUCACGCGAAUGGCGGAAGGACAGGUGCAACAUCACAACCAAGCAGAAUUAUCGAAACAACCGUUAUCAACGCAGGGGGAAAAAAGCUACCGAGGCGGCAGACAGGCCUGUAGACACGUCGUCUGGUAGAGGAACACAACCGUUCACCUUUCUGCCGUCGGGAGAGUCUGGAGGCUGGUCGACAUGACUCUGAACCAGAACAACUCGGAGUCCGGCGGAGUCAUCAUCAACAACAGCGAAAGUGUGUUGAUGAACUACGAUAACGUGGAGCUUGUCUUCUGUGAUGCGGACAGUCUGCCAGAAGCCUUCAGAAAGAGCAAGAAAGGCAGCAUCUACCUAACUCCAUACAGGGUGAUCUUUCUGGCUAAAGGGCGGGAUGCACUGCAGUCCUUUAUGAUGCCCUUCUACCUUAUAAAGGGCUGUGAGAUAAAACAACCUGUAUUGGGAGCCAAUUACAUCAAGGGCACUGUCAACUCUGAGCCUGGAGGUGGCUGGGAGGGCACUGCUACGUUCAAGCUCAUCUUUGCUGCUGGAGGAGCUAUAGAGUUUGGCCAGCACAUGCUGCAGGUUGCAGCGCAGGCGUCAAGAGGUCAGCCAGUGACUUCUGGGUUUGGUGGAUGCCCUUACAUGGCUAACGGGGCUUAUGCUUACCCUCCUCCCCCUGCUAAUGGGAUGUACCCCGCUGGACCUCCCCCCGGCUACUCCUACCCCAACCCUCCUCCACCAGGUGUAUUCUACCCCAACCCUCCAGCGUUUGAUGCGUCUGCGGCCUACAUACCCCCGCCUCCUUAUUCUGCUCCUCUAGGCCAGCAGCCCCCACAUGACCCGGACCUUCCCUCCUCAGCAGCAGCGGAGGCCAAAGCUGCUGAAGCCGCCGCAAGCGCUGGCGGUGCCACACCAGCUCCUACACAUGUGUACCUGCCACAGGACAAGCCUCCCCCUUACUCUCCUCCUGAAGACAAGAAGAACCAGUAGACCUGCCGGAUCUCCAUCUCUUGUUCUCUCUACCCUCGGCCAACGUAGACACCCCCCCCCCCCUCCCCCUCUCAUCUCUCCGGUCACCUUCCGACUCAUUCCUUGUGGUUUCACCUUCUCAUCUUCUACCUUUCACAUUGCUUUUAAUUAUUCAUAAAUUGUGAUAGGUUUCAUUCCCUUCAGAAGCACGGAAUGGGAGGAGUUGGUAGCAAUCUUUGAGGGAACGCCACAGUUGUCUGGAUUUAGAGGCUAUGUGGUUGACAACAUUUGUUUUUAGCAUUUGUUUUUAGCAUUCAAUUUGCCUUGCAGCUCUCCUGGGAAUCAUACCGCCACCCUAAACUUCAGAUUCAUAUUUUUCUCUAUUAAAACUAGGAGGCACCUAACCACGUUUACUUUGCUAGUGGCAAGCUGAAUGCAGUGUUUUCUUUUUCUAUUAUUUGUUUGUACAGGCUUUUAAUAUGUAGACCUUUUGAACAUGGGAACAUUUUCUCGAGAAGACUAACCUAGAGGGUUAAACAAAACUUUUGUAAAGGGAGCGGAUUGCCCUGGCAUGUUUUAGUGGACGAGAGGAGCAAAGAUUAGAGCAGCGGCGAGCCGACGCGUUGAAUUCCUGAUCCUGGAUUAGAGCAGAGAGCGAGGGCAACGAGGCGGGGAGGGAUUAUGAGCAGAGCAGUUACCCAAUGAUGUCACUUCCUGUUUCUCUUAUGGCUCUAAACAAAUCGAGGAAAACAAAUGGUUCGACUCACUGUCAUUCUGCUUCACCUUUCAUUCUUCUGUCAUUUUAGACGUUGUGGAAACAAAUAAAAGGCGUUUCUACUUUUCUGUGGUCGUGAUCUUUACUCCGCAGUUGGAAUCUAAUGUGAGCGCCCUCAGUAUCUGAGUAUCUACUCUUCCUUCCUCUCUAGUCACAUAUCUAUAUACUGUAUCUGUGGCACAUCCGCGGCUGAUUCUUUGCACUCUCAGAAUGCUACGUGUCGGGCUCCUGUUCGCUCUGUCAUGGCUGUGUGUAUUAUAAUAACAAUAAAGCUCUAUUUAUUUCAAACUAAUUUAUCGAAUAAUUCAUGUAAAAUGGCUCAAGUACAAAAAAGAAAGCACGAUCUCAACUAGUGCAUGUGUGCAUUGGAUUUUAUUAAACGGAUGUUGAUUCAUGUGAAAAA